AUGCUGACUCAAAUAAAAUCUAAUAUUGGUAAUAAAAGAAUUAUACAAAACCAAUUAUUAUUAAAUUAUUUAAUAAAUGGUGUUGCAAAACCUUCAUUAAAAGCAUUUAUUUAUGCUUAUCUUUAUUUAGUAUUACCAAAAGUUUUAGGACAAAUUAUAAGUGCAAUAAAAAAACAUAAAUAUGAUAAAAUUAUUCCAAGAGUUAAAAAGACAAUAAUAAAAGCUUUACAUUUUAGAAAAUUUCCUAUAUUUUCUGCUAGUUUAAUAGCUGGUAUAAAUAUUUUAGAACCAUUAAUUUAUGGAUUUUUGAAAAAAAAUAAGAAUUUUAAAUCACCAACUAAAACAUUAUUUUUUUCAACUUUAAUUUCUUCACUUAUUUCUGCUUUAAUUACUUUCCCAUUAUAUCAAAGUCAUAUUGUUAAAAUUGGUAGAUAUAAUUCAUUAGAUUUAACUUUAUUAGUUGCAACAAGAGCUUUAGAUACUGCUUUUUCUUCAUCAUUAUCCAAAAUCGUACAUCCAAAUUUAUCAAAAUAUGGUGAUGCAUUAUUAUUUAUUGCAAGUUGUACUCCUAUAAUGUUUUGUUGGUUUUAUUAUCCAGAAAGAUUACCACCUGCUUAUUCAAAAUGGAUUACUUCAGCUGCAAAUAUGGAUCCUGAUUUUGUUGAAGUUUUAAAAUUAGUUAGAAAUAAAGAAAUAAUUUAUGGAGAACAUGGACCAUAUGAAGAUUAUUUAACUCCAUAUUUUAUAAAAUAUGGUAAAGAUCCAAAAAGAGGUAAUACUGUUAUAAAUCAACCUAUUGAAUGUGAAGCUGUACAUGCUUUUGUAAGUAAAAAUUGUGAAAUUCAUGCAUUAUGGAGAUUUUGGAGAGGUUUUAAAUUUGCCGCUACUGUAUAUUUACCAUUGAAUUUAUUGAUGUUAUUAUUCCCACUGAAAGUUAAAAUGUCAGCAAGAUUAUUACGUGCUAUAAAAUCUUCAAUUAGAUCAUCUUGUUUUCUUGGUGCAUUCAUUGGUUUCAUGUGGUAUGCAGUUUGUUUAGCGAGAACAAGAAUUUUACCCAAAUUAUUUCCAAAUGUACCAAGAACUCGUUGGGAUGAUACAAUUUGUGUUGCUGCAGGAUCUCUUGCAUGUGGAUUUUCUUCAUUUGUUGAAACACCUCAAAGAAGAAAAGAAUUAGGAUUAUUUGUUGCUCCAAGAGGUUUAGGUACAUUUAUACCAUCAGAACCAUCAAAAAGAAAUUUAAGAAUUGAAAGUAUUGUAUUUUCAAUAAGUUUGGCCGUUCUAGUUGCAUAUUCAAGAAGCAGGUCUUCAAGUGUUAGAGGUAUUUUCGGUAAAGGAUUAAAACAAAUUUUCAAUGUUAAUACUUAUAAUUAG